AUGGCUGCCGUAUUAAAAACAAUGUAUAAUUUAUAUUAUACUCUUUUUUACGAAGUUAGCGACCCUAGAACAAGCAAUUGGAUAUUGGUUGGUUCUCCAUUACCCGUAAUAGCACUCAUAAGUUUUUAUGUUUAUUUUGUUCAGAAAAUUGGUAUAGAAUAUAUGAAAGAUAAAAAACCAUAUAACGUUGAUAGAGUUAUACAAGUUUAUAAUGCCGUACAAGUUAUUUUAUGUUUUUGGUUUUCCGUUGAAGCAUUCAUUAAUUGUUACGGUCCUACUGGACUUUACAGCUGGAAAUGUGAGCCCGUUGAUUAUUCCUAUUCUCCAAAUGCAAUGAAAGUAGCCAGAUUUGUUUAUGGAUAUUAUUUAAUUAAAAUUGUCGACUUAUUAGACACGGUUUUUUUUGUUUUGAGAAAAAAAAAUUCACAAAUAACUUUUCUACACAUAUAUCAUCAUGCUGGUAUGGUUCUUCUCGGUUAUGUUGGAACAAAAUUUUUACCAGGAGGGCAUGGAGUUUUCUUGGGAAUGAUUAACUGUAUCGUACAUUCAGUUAUGUACAGUUAUUAUUUUAUAACAAAUUACAAUCCGGAAUACAAAAAGAAAAUUUGGUGGAAGAAACACAUAACACAAAUGCAAAUAUUGCAAUUUAUGGCAAUUAUUUUUCAUUUUACAAAAAUAUUAUUUCAAGAAAAUUGUAAUUAUCCUAAAUGGGCUGUUUGUUUAUUCCUUCCACAAAAUUUCUUUAUGCUUCUUCUUUUUUUGGAUUUUUACAAAAAGGCAUAUCUAUCACCGAAAAAACCAAUAACACCAUCUUCUAAAGUCGAAGAAGAAUCAAGUUCUUUUCAAAUAGCAGAUAAAGAAAAAGCUUUUUAG